GAAGAGUAAGAAACGUACUAUCCUACUCUAUGGCUCGUGGUUGUCGCGCCGUGACGUCACUGAUGUUGCCGCUGUCGCCCUCACCCACACUUGUGCGCACUGAAAAGACGUUCGGAGGGUCGCUGCAGGAAAACCGUCACAAAAUCCGAUAAAAUCACCGAAAAGCUAACCAAAAAGAGUAUAAGGCUGAGUUCUAAACAAAUGCAUGCAGUAGUAAACCGGCGGUAGCAAUUAAACAAGCCAUUACGUCGGGGCUUACGUUUUCUCUGCUUGACGUAAGGCGACUCCCUCUCUCUCUCUCGCGGUCUCUGUCCUCUCCGAUUCUCUUUCUCCGUGUGUGGAUUGCGUUUUUGCCGGCGACGUCGACUCCAAAAAAGACACGGCACAACACAUACACUCAUUUUGCUUUUACGUUGUGGCCCAAGAAGUUCAGUCGCUUUCGUCGCCAGUCCGCAAAAAUGUGAAAAUGGAAAACUGAUAGGGAAAGCCGAGAAACCGAAAAACCGAAAAGACUGCAACUGCAAAAGCUCCAAAACCGCUGAAAAGCAACAGCAAACCGUUAAAAAGUGCGCGCGUGUAACAAUUAUGUGAUAUCUACAACAAAUGCUCGAACUGCUGACGUCACGCACAGAAUCGUAGAAUAUAUAGAGAAUAUAGAAGAGAAACGUCACGUCGCGUAGUAAAGUUAAAAGUUCCCACACACACACGCGCCCACACACAGACUGAGUAAAAAAAGGAGGAAGAAGCAGCAGUAUAUAAUACGUGGAAUACAAAAAGUAACCGAAAGAAAAGGCAAAUAUCCGCAAAAAAUCAAAAAUUUGCAACUAUGAAACGUGUGUGAUAUUCAAAAAGCAAGAAGAAGCAGGCGGCGGCGGAAAAGAAAAAGAAGAAGCCGAUCAAUUGUUGUUGUUGCGUGUGAUAUAUAAAAAGCAAGUUAAAAGCGACAAAAAUUCCAAUUUUUAGAUGUGAAGAAUCCUUAGGUGCUAAUUUAGUUGAUAAGCGCAAAAAGAAAAAGAGAGAGAGACAGAGAGCGAUAAACAGGCAGUACAAUAAGUAAACCGACACUCGAGCUGGAAUAUCCGACUGGGUGGCAACUUUUCGAAGGCAGUGCUUAAAAGUAUGCUACAAAAUAAGGCCAGCGAUCGCCGACUGAGGCGAACUUAACAGAAUCAGCCGCAUAUACAUAACAAAAGAUAUCUACGAGAACAGAGAAGGAGGCAGAGGCAGAGAGAGAGAGGGAGAGUGAGAGUGAGAGUAAGGCGGAGGAUCGCCAAAGAAUCACGGAACAACCGGCAGCGAAAUGUCCAAGUUCUUUGUGAAUGUUGCCCCCAUCAACAACAGCAACAGCAGCAAUAACAACAACAACACCACCAGCACCACCAACACCCAGCGACACCAGCAACAACACUAUGGCUCGGGCGGGACACCUGGCCACUCGAUGGUCGCCCGCAGACUCAACUACGAUGUGCUCGGCGGCACCACCAAUAUCAACAACAACAACAACAUUGUGAUCAAGAACGAGGCCCUCGAUCUGGACUACGAUCACGCCCUGAGCAGCGGCGACAGCAACAGCAAUAGCAACAGUAACAGCGGCGUGGCAGCCCAUCUGCGGGACCAUGUGUACAUCAGUCUGGACAAGGGGCACUCCACGGGGGCGGUGGCCACAGCAGCGGCGACAGCAACGGCGGGCCAGCAGCAAGUGCAGCAGCAGCACCAUCAGCAGCAACGCAAGGUGGCCGGAAAGUCCAACGAUAUCACAAAUUACUACAAGGUCAAACGCCGGCCCCAUGCUGUCACCGACGAGAUCCACCCGAAGAAACAGGCCAAGCAGAGCGCGCACCAUCAGACGGUGGUGUACCAGAAGCACGUCAGCACGCCCCAGCAGCUGCGGCACAGCCAACACCAGCUGAACCACGAUGCGGACGCGGAGCUGGACGAGGAUGUGGUGGAGCGGGUGGCCAAGCCGGCAGCGCAUCACUCGUUCGCCCUGUCGACGCCCCAGCAGCAGUUGGCCGCCUCGGUGGCCAGUUCCUCGAGCGGCGACCGCAAUCGGGCGGACACCUCGCUGGGGAUACUGACCAAGAAGUUCGUGGACCUGCUGCAGGCGUCACCCGACGGCGUUGUGGACCUGAACGAGGCCUCCAAUCGGCUGCACGUGCAGAAGCGGCGCAUCUACGACAUCACGAACGUCCUCGAAGGCAUCAACAUCCUGGAGAAGAAGUCGAAGAACAACAUCCAGUGGCGCUGCGGGCAGUCGAUGGUCAGCCAGGAGCGGUCGCGUCGCAUCGAGGCGGAAUCGGAGCGACUGGAGCAGCUGGAGAACCAGCUGAACAUGGCCAUCGACCAGAUGCGCGGCAGUCUGGCCGAGAUCUCCCAGGAGGUGGAGAACGCCGGCGGCAUGGCCUACGUCACGCAGAACGACCUGCUCAACGUGGAUCUCUUCAAAGAUCAGAUCGUCAUCGUGAUCAAGGCGCCGCCAGAGGCCAAGCUUGUGCUGCCCAACACAAAAUUGCCGCGCGAGAUUUACGUGAAGGCGGAGAACAGCGGGGAGAUCAAUGUCUUCCUCUGCCAUGACACCUCGCCGGAAAACUCGCCGAUUGCGGCGGGCGCCGGCUACGUUGGAGCCCCCGGCGCGGGAUGCGUUCGAACGGCCACCUCCACGCGACUGCAUCCGCUGACCAACCAGCGCCUGAACGAUCCGCUCUUCAACAACAUCGAUGCCCUGAGCACAAAGGGAUUAGUUCCCACGACCUACCGCUCGGCCCGCAACCUCAGCAAAUCGAUCGAGGAGGCCGCCAAGCAGUCCCAGCCUGAAUAUAAUAACAUUUGUGAUAUUGCGAUGGCCCAGCAUCAUAGUCUGAAUCAGCAAACGCAGCAGCAGCAGCAGCAGCCACAGCAGAUGCUGCAGCAGCCGGAGGAGGACGACGUGGACGCGGAGCUGAGUCAGCUGGUGCCGACACUGACGAACCCGGUGAUCCGAAGCCAUCAGUUCCACCAGCAGCAGCAGCAGCAGCCGUCCAUCCAGGAGCUGUUCAGCAGCCUAACAGAAUCCUCGCCCCCGACGCCCACGAAGCGUCGUCGGGCGGCAGCAGCCGCUGCAAUUGCCGCAGGCAGCGCGACAGCAACAGCAGCAACUACUACGCUUAAUAGUCAUAACAACAACAGCAGCAGCAGCAACCACAGCAAUCAUAGCAACCAUAGCAGCAGCAACAGCAACAGCAACUCCUCUCAACCGCCCACAAUAGGAUACGGCAGCAGGCAGCGACGCAGCGAUGUGCCCAUGUAUAAUUGUGCAAUGGAGGACGCCACCACAACAUCUGUAGCAGCAGCAGCCGAAGCAACUGCCAAAUCGCGAGCAGCAGCGGCAACACAGUCGUCGGCGAUAAGCGCACUGCAUAUGCAGUUCGCUGCCGUGGCGGACAGCAAUAACAGCAGCAGCGGCGGCGGCGGCGGCGGCUGCGCUGACGGCGGCUAUGGCAGCAUCGCUGGCGCUGGCGCCAACGCUGAUCCCCAUCAGCCGUUCAGCCAUGGCCGCCACAGCUUGCCGCCCGGCGUGGCCGACUGCGAUGCCAACAGCAACAGCAGCAACGUCACGCUCCAGGGCCUGGAUGCGCUCUUCAACGACAUUGACUCGGACUACUUCAGCAACGACAUUGCCUUUGUGUCCAUCAAUCCGCCGGACGACAAUGACUAUCCUUACGCGCUGAACGCGAACGAGGGCAUUGAUCGGCUGUUCGACUUCGGCUCGGAUGCCUAUGGAUCCUAAGAGGAGACGUCCGCCAAGCACACUCACACACACAUAUAUAUAUAUUGAGAUAUAUAUAUAUCUUCAAAAUUGGGAUUCUGGGGGUGUUUAUAAUUUUAAAUUAUAUACAAAUGGCAAAACACAAAAAGAGAACACAAAAACCAGCAAAUUACAAAUUAUUAAAUUAUUUGAUUGCAAAACCACAAACAAAAAAUCCAAAAACAAAACACAAAAAAAGCGAAUCAGCAAAACUUAAUGAAACUAAGUUGUGUGUAAAGUUUUAAGCGUAAAAAAUAUUUACAUUUAAAUUUAUAAUCCAAACUAAUUUAAGCGAAACGAAACAAAAAACACAAAAUCUACUUUACGAAAACUCAGCCUCACGAGAAAAAAGGAGAAGUUGAAGCAAGAAAAGCCACAUUUUAUAAGCAAAUUUCAAUUUUAGCCUUAAAACAAAAAAGCAAAGGAGAAGCAAAAGAAGAAUCAGGAAUAUGAUAUAGAAAAGUGGAUAACACACACACACACACAAAAGGCGAAUACUUCCCCCUUAUCAAACUUCUUUUUUUGGGCUAGAACUGUCUGUAAAUUAGUAAAAAAAAAAAAAAAACCAACACACACAUAAUUUUUAAUUAGAAAACAAAAUAGUUUUAAUUCCAAUCAAUAUAAAAUAAACAACAAUAAAAAGAAAAUCAAUUUCAAAUUGUAAAAAAAGAUCGAAGACAAUGUUCAAACAGAGCAGAAGAAGAGAACACUACUCCUGGGCCCCAACCCCUCCCCCACCUCCUUUUUCCCCAAAAACACCCCCUCUCAUGUUUUAGUUACGCAUGCAACAAGGACUUCUUCUGCCAUUUGUUUAUUCUGCUUGGAUUAACAGAUUGAUUUUUAAUUACUAUUAUUAAAGCUAUAACUAUGUAUAAUAAUUUGUUAUUGUUAUAAAAUUGAAACUAUAAACACACACACAUGGGCCCAAUAGCAGUUUAUUCAUAGAAGCCAAAUCAUCCCACAAAACAAACAACCAACAACUUAACAGAGUCAACUACAAGUACAUAAAUAAUUAUUUAAACUCUCGCCUACUAGUUAUAUAUUUAACUAAACAAUAAAUGCAACAAACAAAUGCAAAUCAUAAAACUGUAAAAAUACAACAAAUAAAAGAAGAAGAACCACAAAAACCGAAACCUCUGUAUAAUUAUUGUACGUUUAAUUUUUGUAAGAGAAACACAAACUUUGUUAGGUACGUUUCUUUCUUUCCAAAAUCAAACACACGAAAAAAAGGAAAAAGUAAAUAUUAGAAAACAAGAAAACUUUAAAAUAAACAAAAAAAGUUUUAAAACAAAA